UUUCGUCCUGACCAAAGGGGAUAUUUGAACCAGCUUAAUCUUUCUGUACACUCUCCAACAAUUAACCAUCAAGUCAGUCAGUAAUAGCAGCGAGGGCCGUUGUGAAGGCAAACGCUGGGCUGGGGAGAAGACGCUGCUCAGUGGCAGUGCUCAUCACAACACAAACACACAUAUACAGGACAGGCUGAGGCGGGAACGGCGCCACUCUGCUGCGUAGACAUGAAUUCCGCUAGUAAAGUUGGUGAGAUCUUCCUGGCUGCAGGUACAGCCUUCAACAAACUAGCAGAACUCACCAUGCAACUUCAUCCCACAGCUGAACAGUCACCUGCAGGCACAAAAUGGACUGAUGAAGAAAUAGAAAUGCUGCGCUCUUCUGUGAAGAGGUUUGGUGAUGAUCUAAAUAUUAUCAGUCAGAGGAUAAAAUCUCGCACUGUUACACAGAUACGAUCAGCAUUGAAGAAGAAGGCUUUUGAGGAUGCAGGCAUCUCUCCGCAGACUGCUGUUGCAUUACAGGCUCAACAAAAUACAGCAGCUCAAGCUGGAGCCAGCAGUGGUGGAGGAAGUAUGUUAGGAGGACGUGAUGUAACUCUCAACAUGCUUAAUGCCUCAGAGUCUGAAGUAGAUGUAGAAGGAAUGGGUGGUGUUGGUAUGGAUUUUGAAGGAGCAAAUGAAGUUGUCACUUCUUAAAAUUACAUAAUUAGUAAUGUAAGUGUGAAGUACAUGAUUAUAAAUAUGUUACUUUUAGGGAGAUACAUCACAUUUUUUUAUAAACUAUUGUAAGAAUGAAGAAGUAUAUAUUGUGAGCAUUUUGGAAAGUUUGUUUAAUAUUCAUUAAUUAAAUCUUUAAAGAAUUUCUAAAUCCAAAGAAGUUUUUAUUCCUAUGAAUAUUUUAUUGGUUUAUUUAACCCGUAAAUCCUUGCUUAUACCUUGUGAUUUGUUGUUUGUCCAGAGGGAUUUUAGUAAGUAUACCUAAGAACCAAAUUCUGUCAAUUUUUUCACACUGUGACAAGUUGUUUAAUUCCUUGUGAUUUAUGAAUGCAGAAUAUACACUUAACAAAUAUAGAGCUCAAAAUUAUUUUUGUUUUAAAAAAAAAAACUAUGUAGGAGAUGCUUAAAAGAAGAAAAUACUCAAGCU